AUGUGGCGACUACACAUCCCCACUUCGCUCUCGGAAGGUCCCACCGAUAGUGGCGUUUCGAUUCUCGUUGGGCAGCGCUCGUAUGUCUCCUUUGCAAAUGAGACCCCUUGCACUGUGUGCGCGCUAGCUGGCUACGUACAAUGCGACGACCCCAGUGUGGUCGAAGAGCAGAUAGAAUGUCUGGAGCACGUACUCCCGUUUGGUAUCGAGGUCUUGGGCUUUGCAGGCGACACGGUUGCCUUGACAUCACUCGCAGCUCAGAUGCCUGACCUGAAGAGGAAAGAGCUCAUCGAGGUUGUCGUGCAUAGUGGAGAAGGGCACCGCCGGCUCGCUUACCGCAUGUUUGGUGCGUCUGCAAAAAAAGUGGAGGUUGUUGAAGACGAAAUCGCCUUUGUUGAGGUUCGAUGCGCCUUGCACACCUACGACAGCCCCUCACCUUUACUAGUCUCCUGCUCCAAUGCACUUCCGCAAGUAGUGGACGGGGAGGGCUAUGCUCCGUUGAUGGAGCGUGCUCCCGCGCCUUCAAGCAAAAUGGAGUUAAUCCAGACGGGUGCAGUGUCAAGCACUCUUCGCUUUCACGUCGUUAUGGUCCCCUCGCUCCUGAGCGCUAGAGGACUUUAUGAGACUCUCUUCCGCCAGCUGAAGGCGGCUUCAACAGCCGGGACCACGCGCCUCAUCGAACUCAACGCUCACAACGCUCACCUGUCCUACUGCUGCCGUCUCAAGUGCAGAGCUGACGCACUCGCCAGCAGAGGCGCUAUUACAGAGGAAGAGUGGGCGGUGGUGUUGAAACUGAUACAGCAUUCCGACUGGCACCCAUUCACCCGCCUCUCAUUAAAACUUUCUGGGGGGAGGGAGCCCAUACACAUAUAA